AUGAAGCAUCUACAUUAGCUGAUGUUAUCAAACGGCCGACUGAUUCGUCUAUGCCUACAGCAGCAACACCAACCACAACAACAAUAUCAACAACUAGAAAGAAUUAUUAUUCAACAACUGUCGAUUCCGACGAUUUAUUUGAUACAAGUUUAGAUACUACUGUAAAUCCUAAUAUAAGUAGUAGUAAUCAUAAUGAAAAUAACAACAAUAUGAAUCCUGUGAUGAAUAAUCGACCACUUUCAGCUAUUGGUAGUCGACGUCAUCAUUCCAUAUCUGAUAGUUCUGCAAACAAUAAUUCUACAAGUAUUGGAAGUACCAACAAUACUACUACCGCAACAACUACUACAAAUACUACUUGUCAUUCGAAUGUCAAGUUGAAUACAGUAACAUCGAAUGAGUUAAUUGGUAAAUCGAGAAUGUCUCAUUGGCAAAAUAAUAGUAACAAUACUACUAAUAAUAAUACUUAUAGUAAUAUUGAAAUGAAAAUGAAAAAGGUUAUCAAUACUAAAGGAAAUAUAUUUUUACAACGGAAUGAUUUCAAUGUAUUCACA